AUGCUCGCCGAAGAGAAAGGAUCGAAGGGCGAGCUUGCGUCUUAUCGUAUUCUCUCCCCAACAUGUGGUCUUCGAGUCUCACCGCUGAUACUUGGGGCGAUGUCGCUCGGCCAGGCCUGGUCCUCCUUCAUGGGCAGCAUGGACAAGGAGCAGGCCUUCAAGCUUCUUGAUGCCUAUUUCGAGGCCGAUGGUAACUUCAUCGACACUGCUUGCAACUAUCAGGACGAGGAAGCAGAAAUCUGGAUCGGCGAGUGGAUGGCGGCUCGACAAAACCGCGAUCGUAUGAUAAUCGCGACCAAAUUCACCACCGACUACCAGUCGUACAAGGUGGGCAAAGGAAAGGUGCCCAACCAUGGUGGAAAUCACAAACGAUGCCUCCACAUGAGCCUCCGCGACUCUCUAGUCAAACUCCAAACGGACUGGGUCGAUAUCCUAUAUGUGCACUGGUGGGAUUACACUACGUCCAUUGAGGAGGUCAUGGACAGUCUGCAUAAUGUCGUGCAGCAAGGCAAGGUUCUCUACCUUGGUAUCUCCGACACUCCAGCCUGGAUCGUCAGCGCUGCGAACACCUAUGCGAGACAACACGGAAAGACUCCCUUUUGCAUCUACCAGGGCCGUUGGAAUGCUCUGAUCCGCGACAUGGAACGGGACAUUAUCCCAAUGGCACGUCAGUUCGGCAUGGCGAUUGCUCCCUGGGAUGUCCUUGGAGGCGGCAAAUUCCAGAGCAAGAAGUCACUGGGAGAGAAGAAGGAAGGGGGCGAGCGUCUUCGAAGUUACUUUGGUCCAAAUCAGAACGAAGAUGAGACCAAGAUGGGCGAGGCGCUUGCCAAGGUCGCGGCGGAGCAUGGCAUCGAGUCGGUCACGGCUGUUGCUCUCGCGUAUGUCAUGAGCAAGGCGCCUUAUGUCUUCCCACUGGUCGGUGGACGCAAGGUCGAACACUUGCACGACAACAUCCAGGGGCUGAAGCUCAAGCUCACGAAAGAACAAAUCGAACACUUGGAGAGCGUGAGACCAUUUGAUGUUGGGUUCCCAGGAAACCUGCUCGGAACGGACCCUGCCGUGAGCGGGAAGCCCAGCGCCUCACUUGCCAUGUUUGCUGACAUCCAGUUUGUGCGUGCUCAGCCGAGCCGUGCUCCUCAUUCGAGACAAGAAACAGACACAUUCGAGUACGAGAACCAGAAGACCGACCGCAUCAUGCCCCGCUACUCGUCCUACGACUCCGAUGACGAACGAUUGCCCGAGGGCAUGCGCCGCGUGGGAUAUGACGCCGACACCCAGACCUACACCUACCGCGACUCCGAUGGCAGCCUGUGGGAAGGGCCUCCUGGUGCCCGAUACGGCCAUCUAACAAGAGUCGCCGAAGCCCCAAAACUGCCCUCUCACAACGACGAUGAUUAUGAUGCCGGCAGCCUCACGGACCAGCCGCCACCUCCUUACGACGAGGAGGCUCCCGACAGCCAGCCCUUCCUCAAUCCAUACACGAGCCCAGCUCGCUCCGAGCAGCCGCGCUCCUGGCGACAGGAGCUGAUGCCUCUUCUCAACUUCUUCCUCAUCCUCGGCCUCUUUCUCCUCGGCGUCUUCUGGUUCAUGCACAUCAUGGCCGGCCAGACGCCCGAGGCGCCGCUCUGCGAAGACCCCAGCGUUCCCUAUGUCAUUCGCCAGGGCGACACCUGCUGGGCAAUUGCGAAGGACCACAACAUGAGCUUGGACGAUCUCCUGCGCGAUAAUAAGGGAAUCAGCUGCGAAAGUUUGCAGACUGGGACAGUCAUCUGCCUCCCAGAUGUCUAG